UCCUGAAACACUCUCUACUCUUCUCCGUCAGCACUGUCAAAGCAAACAUAGCAUCUGUUGUGUAUUUGACUUUUUCUGUAAAAAAUAAAUUAUAGAUGAAACUACGACAGCAUAGCAGACACUUAAAAUGAACUCCGGUAAUUCACACGUUUGUGGAAAUUAAAAAAAAGAACGAUAAUCUUCCUCAUACCAUGACGCCUACCCCACACCAUAUCCGACUCCUCCCCGCCCGGAGCCUGUUGUAAAGAUGGCGUCCAUCAUGGAGGGGCCGCUCAGCAAGUGGACCAACGUCAUGAAAGGCUGGCAGUAUCGCUGGUUUGUUCUGGACUACAAUGCCGGCCUGCUGUCGUACUACACGUCAAAAGACAAGAUGAUGCGAGGAUCCAGAAGAGGCUGCGUACGACUCAGGGGAGCUGUGAUCGGCAUCGAUGACGAGGACGACAGCACAUUCACCAUCACUGUGGACCAGAAGACUUUCCAUUUCCAAGGUGAGGCGUCCCCCCGGUUCAUUCUGCUCUCUUACAGCCCCCCUCUUCUCCUCUAUAGAAAGCGAGCUUGCACUCUGCUAAAUGGACUGAGAGAUGUACUGGCUUAUUGCAGCAUGUCUGUUGGAGCACAGCACCCAGAGGCUGAGACGGGAUUCGUUCCUAGUGUUCAAGACUUUGACAAGAAGCUAGCUGAAGCUGACGCCUACCUACAGAUUCUGAUUGAUCAGUUAAAGCUGUUUGAUGAGAAGAUCAAGGACUGCAAAGAGGAUGAAUCACGCAGAAAAAUUGAACAUUUGAAGGAGACUACUUGUAGUAUGGUAGAGUCCAUCAAGCACUGUAUUGUACUGCUGCAGAUUGCCAAGGACCAAAGUAACGAACAGCAACACGCAAACGGACCUAUAAGCACCAUCAACCCAGUGGAUGGGAUCUACCAGCCCCCUCUGGACACUCCAGCGGUGAACACAAUGCCAACACAGACAACACUACCCCCAGGUACAUCUGCCUCCCCAACAUGUGCCAGACAUUUAAAAGUUGUCACUUGCUGUGUUGAUACAUGGAGUGGCCCGUCAGGCCCCAGCAGCGGCGUCGCCUCCCCGGCUCACAUCCCCCUCCCCUCACACUCGGUGCCAGACUUCUCCUACUCCUCCAGUGAGGACGAAUUCUAUGACGCUGAUGAGUUUUACCAGAGCAACACUUCCCCCAAACACUGCAUAGAUCCCUCAGGGCCUCCAGCUGCCUCGCCCACUAAUGAAGAAACGGCUCUGAAACGACCCAACACUACAGAGUCCCUCAACUCUUCGAUGUCCAACGGCACCACAGACACGGACCAGUUUGACUGUCAUGAUGACCGCGACGAUGACGGCGAAGGGGAGUCUGUGGAAGAGCACAAGAGCGUCAUCAUGCAUUUGCUGUCUCAAGUUCGACUGGGCAUGGACCUCACAAAGGUGGUCCUGCCGACCUUCAUCCUAGAAAGAAGGUCUUUGUUAGAAAUGUAUGCAGAUUUCUUUGCACACCCCGACUUAUUUGUAAGUAUCGCUGAGCAGCCAGAGGCCAGGGAGCGGAUGGUGCAGGUGGUGAGGUGGUACCUGUCGGCUUUCCAUGCCGGAAGGAAAGGCUCAGUGGCCAAGAAACCGUACAACCCAAUCCUAGGAGAAGUCUUCUACUGCCACUGGGAUCUUCCCAGCGAGACAGAGGAGCCUUCGCCACCUACGGAGACGGUAGCAGAAGGCCCGGUUCCCUGGGCUUCAUCCAACAGCGUGUCUUUUGUGGCAGAGCAGGUCUCUCACCACCCGCCCAUUUCUGCGUUCUACGCCGAGUGCUUAAGUAGGAAGAUCCAGUUCAAUGCUCACAUCUGGACUAAAUCUAAGUUUCUGGGCAUGUCCAUAGGUGUCCACAACAUCGGCCAAGGCUGCGUGUCAUGUUUGGAGCACGAUGAGCAUUACAUUCUCACCUUUCCUAACGGAUAUGGCAGGUCGAUCCUCACUGUGCCGUGGGUGGAGCUUGGCGGAGAGUGCAACAUCUCCUGCUCCAAGUCGGGCUACAGCGCGAACAUCGUGUUCCACACCAAACCCUUCUACGGUGGAAAGAAGCACAGAAUCACUGCAGAGAUUUUUUCACCAAACGACAAGAAGUCUUUCUGCUCCAUUGAGGGAGAGUGGAACGGAGUCAUGUAUGCUAAAUGGGCGACUGGAGAGAACACGGUGUUCAUAGACACUAAGAAGAUGGGCAUCGUUAAGAAGAGAGUGAGGAAGCCGGAAGACCAGCUCGAGUACGAGUCUCGAAGACUGUGGAAGGAUGUGACUCUGAACCUGAAGAUAAAAGACAUCGAUGCAGCGACAGAAGCCAAGCACCGGUUGGAGGAGAAACAGAGAGCUGAAGCCAGAGAGAGGAAGGAGAAGGAGCAGCAGUGGGAGACCAGGCUAUUCCACGAGGACGGCGAGUGCUGGGUCUACGACGAGCCGCUAUUAAAGAGAUUAGCCUCCCAGAGGCACUGAGAAGACGGCGCCACGCUCGGAUGCAUCAAGAAUGCACACACAACAGAGUCUUCAUAAGAACUCUUUUGCAGAAACCACUUGUUAUUCAAGCCUUGGAAUGACUGACGAUUGAAUCUCUACACUGCUUUGCAUUUGACUGUAAAACAAUAUGGAAAUGAAUGAAAAGCAUCAAAGAUGUAACAUGAAUAUUAGUAAAGCUCCUCUCCUUAUUUGGUCAGUCUCUCAUCCACCGAUACCCGCCACCUGCCAACAUGAGACUCUGCAGCACAGAGUGGAGAGGUCACGCGCCUCCCAUUCGUCCACACCCUUCAGCAGCUCCACGGGAUGAGCCAGAGCAACACUCCUUCCCUACAUCUAUAGUUUUUUGCAGGGGGGGUGGGGGUCUGUGGUCGGCUCAAGUGAUAGCACGAGAAAUAAAACGGCGCUCUACAUCUCAGGGAAUCUGGUGACUGAGGAAAGAAAGCUGGUGCCCCCACCCAGAGUCUGACAGCCUUAUAACGGUGGAACGGAUGAAUCUUAAAGGGGCGGGAGAGGAAAAUCUCUGCUUGCCUGCAACUAGUUAGAACUGUUUAUAUAUAGAUAUACAUAUGAUGGAUAUAUAAAUAUAUAUUCUUUUUUA